UUAGUCCCAGUCUUGUUCGUGACCGCAGCGCUGAAACGCGUAUCGAUAACUUCGUAUUAUUAUUUCGUAUUAAAUGACGUUUUUGUUCGCUUGUUCCACACAAACUGCGCAGUGUGCAACCGCUCGGCACAGAAGAAUCAUAUUGUUCUAUUAUAUAUUGUAAAUUAAUUAGUUAAUACACUCUGGUACAAUCAGCUGAUAUAAAGGACAUCAAAUAAUUCGACUUGAAAUUGGAAUUUUAAUUCAGUCAUGCGGAGAUAGCGCACGCAGAUGGACGUCACCAACGGUCCGUCGUUGCGUUUACGCGGCGGUGUAACAAAUUGUGAAAAUAAAAAACAUGAUUUAAAUUUGUGUACAAGUGUGAUGCCGGCUGAGACCCAGCGACUCCUGCCGCCAACUUCGGAGACGAUUAUGACCAAACCGUUUCCAAUACGAGGAGAACGAGCAAACUAUGUAAACAUUCCGCAUGUUAUUGCAAUGGUUGGCCUGCCAGCUCGGGGCAAGACAUACAUAUCUAAGAAGCUGUCAAGAUAUCUUAAUUGGAUAGGAAUUAAUACUAGGGUAUUUAAUCUUGGAGAGUACAGACGACAUGCUACAACUGCAUACACAAGUCAUGAGUUUUUCAGAGCUGAUAAUAAAGAGGCCAUGGCAAUACGGCAACAAUGUGCGCUGGACGCAUUGCAUGAUGUUUGUGAGUGGCUGGUUAAAGGAGGAGAGGUUGCGGUGUUUGACGCGACAAACUCAACAAUGGAGCGACGGCGAAUGAUCCGAGAAAUCGUAGUUCACAAAAUGGGCUUUAAACUAUUCUUUGUAGAGUCCAUUUGUGAUGAUCCGCGCAUUAUAGAACAGAAUAUUAUGGAAGUAAAAGUAAGCAGUCCAGACUACACAAACAUACAAGACACAGACAAUGUUCUAGAUGACUUUUUAUUAAGGAUAGAGCAUUAUAAAGAAAAGUAUGAACCGUUGGACGAAAGUCUUGAAUCAGAAUGCAGCUUCAUGAAAAUAUAUGACACAGGAGAAAAAGUGGUUGUUCAUAAACACGAAGGACAUAUUCAAAGUCGGAUUGUAUAUUACUUGAUGAAUAUACAUAUAGUACCACGGACCAUUUAUUUAACAAGGCACGGUGAAAGUCUUCACAACUUAGUGGGUCGUAUAGGCGGUGAUAGCGAGUUAUCAACCAGAGGAAAACAAUACGCCAGUGCACUAGCCACAUACAUAGAUCAGCAAAAUAUCCCCGGUCUACGUGUUUGGACAUCCUGGAUGAAGAGAGCCAUACAAACGGUGAAGGAUGUCCGAGCACCACAGGAAAGGUGGAAGGCCCUUAAUGAAAUUGAUGCGGGGAUAUGCGAAGAAAUGACCUAUGCGGAGAUACAACAGAAGUACCCGUCAGACUUUAAUUCCCGGGAUGCGAACAAGUUCGCCUACCGGUACCCUCGAGGGGAGAGCUACGAAGACCUGGUGGCACGACUGGAACCGGUCAUCAUGGAGCUGGAGAGGCAAGGGAAUGUUCUGGUGGUGUCCCACCAGGCCGUUAUGAGAUGCCUCCUGGCCUACUUCCUGGAUAAGUCUGCUGACGAGCUGCCAUAUCUUCAUGUGCCAUUGCACACAGUGAUAAAACUAACUCCGGUAGCUUACGGCUGUCGGGAAGAACAUAUUAAAUUGUCCGUCGAUGCCGUAGACACACAUCGGCCGAAACCAUCUGAAAAAGAAGAUACGGACGGCAAUGGAAAAGUAACAUUUACUGAAACAUAGCAAUAGCAUAGCGGUUAUAGGUACAGGUGAAGUGGGGCCUGUAAAAAGGUGAUACCAGCUCCGCCCAUUAAGUCGCCAGUUCCACCUGUACUCAACGGUGAAGCAAAUGGAGAUAACAAAGAGGAUCAACACUAGAUGGCGUGCUCAGCUGAAAAACAUUAUACCUGUGUUGUUAAGGUCAUAUGCAAUUUUUGCCAUGGACUUUUUAAUAAUGCGAAAUAAAAUUUAGGAAAUUGUACUUUGAUUUAGCGAUUCAAUGGGUAAGUUGCAGCAACGAGACUUACCGCUAAGUCUGACACCUGUUAAAAAUGUAUUGGAUUUUGACGGCAGACUUAGUUCUUGCUAUGUCUCGUUUCUGAAUCUCACCCUUAGCUAGUUAAAUAAACAAAAACAUUUUAGGUAAAAACCCAAUGUUUUUUUUACUAACUAAUGUUGGAAGCAAGUUUUACUUUAACUUAAAAAAACGGAAAUGCAUUCAAAUCUGUUAACGGUUGAAACGGAUUAAAUUUGAAUUUGGUGAGUUGUAUCAUUAUAAUCUUAAAUCAUUUAAACUAGGACAUCUAUUUUAAAUGCAAUUUUUUAUAUAAAAAAAGAUUUUAUUGAGCAAGUUAAAACAUUUCCAGCACUUAAGUACUCAUUCCAGAAGGUGCUAAAAAUUCAGGCAAUUUAGAACAUUUUGUUCUCACAUAAUCUAUCUCAGGGUUUUCCAUUUUGCAAACAAUUUGUGCUUAAAAAAGACAAAUUGUUUUUAGCCUUGACUAACAAACUAUUUACUUUUUGAACGGACCGUUUAGCGUGUGUAAGAACUUAGAUAUGACAUUCACCAUAGAUAAUACUUGUGUUAUUAAAGCUGAUAUUAAAUAUAUAAUCUUUAUGUGAUAUUGUGUUUACGUCACAAUCAUUAUCUGUUAGUAGCUUCAAUUCUUUGUUACUGCAAUUAAUUUUUAAAAAUAACCAAGCUAUUGUACAAUAUUUUCAUAUAUAAAACAUUUAUAUUUCAAUAUUAAAAUUGUAUUGUCUCUGGUAAUCAGGUCAUUCAUAGAAUGAAGAAUGAGACUGAUGUUAAGUGAGUGUAUUUUUAAGUCAUGUAUAUUACGAUACCGUGAUUAAAAUAAAACAUGAAAUUUAAUUUCAUACUGUUCAUUGUAAUGAAUAUAGCGCGGAGUCACUGUAUCAAAACUACGAAAAUAUUAAGUUAUAUUCUAUCAUUAGCAACAAUGCCAUCUGUGAUUUAAUUAAAGAACUCGGGUAUACAAAUAACUUUCUAUUUGGUUUUAGGUUGACUUGUUUAAUAUUUAGAAUAAUUGAGAUUACUCUGUAAUAAAAUGUGGUAUGAAAUACCAAUUAGAUUUGAUUUUGCAAUUCCAAAGAUUUCGUUUGGAUGACAGAUUUUUAAAAGUUUUAUUUCUUUGUACAUAGUGACUCCACCUUUGUAUAUUUUUAUAAAAAAUCUCACUUGUCUAUACAUCUGUAACCAUUUUGUUUAUAUUAUUUAAAUAAGGGGUUUUUACAAACUGGCUAUAUGUUAAUUGUAAAAUAAUUAUAGUAAUUGUUUAUUUAAUAUUUAAAUAUAAGUAUAUGUUAAG